AGAACUUUGCGCUGAAAGACUUCUGAGGAAUUUUCUCCUGAAGGUGGGAUUUUAGAAAAGUGCGGACAAUCGCCAUGAGGAUGCCGACGAACAGCGUUUGCUGUUUAGCGAUCAUAUUUAUUAUAAACACGGUUCCCACAUCAUGCAUUUCCAUGCGCAAGAUCUACACGUUUUACUCGAGCCCGCGCACCUGGAACGAGGCGAAGGCCAUCUGCACGUGCAAGUUCGGUCACUUGAUCAAGGUUCUCGGCCAACGAGAGUUGAGUGAGAUUCAGUACCUGGACACCGAGGAGGCGAAUGUGUGGAAGGGGCAAAUGACCGCCGCCCUGUCGUCGUCCGGAAUCUGGACGGGCCUUCACGACCCGUUCAUCGGAGAGUCGCUUCCCGGGCGGAACUGGACCUUCCAGGACUGUCAGGCGGAGAGCCCCGAUGCGCCGUUGACCAUUUCUGGUAACGCAAACGAGUUCUGCGCAGCAUACACUUCCGGUUUUAGCCUCGUUUCGAAAGACUGCAGCGAGACACGACCUUUCAUAUGUCAGCGCUAUAAUGGAGACUGCUGGUUCGAGCCUUUUGCAGAGGAACAGUCCGCUCCCGGUCUGAAUCCGGAUGUGAACCCUCUCGUUCCAAACUUGAGCGCUGCAGAGUGUGCCAUGAAAUGUCGAGACGCGGUCCAUACGCCAUACCUUGGCGAGUGUUGGGGUUUCUACUAUACCACCACGAGCGCACCGUGCGACCUGGUCUACCGUAACGCCACCGACGUCUCCUCGACGUACGUCAAGCAGGCCAACCGCGUCAGUACCAGUGAUGACCCUGAUAGAAUCUUCUAUGUGCGAAGGUGCUUUGAAGGUGAGACGGGUACCGGCAGUUUCUCGGAUAUCGUGAACGUGGCCAGCGCCCCGGACAGCACGUGCGACACGGACACCUUCCCAGGGGAAGCGGCAGCGGGCCAGGUGUGUUUCUGUGCCACGAAGGAGCAUCCUCCGAUCCCGCCCGCGAUAUCAGUUGCCGAUGCAGCCGCGCAGUACGAGCGGGAGCUCUCCAUCGACAAGGGGAACACCAGCUCCAGCCUGCGAGCCUUGACUAGCGCCGAAGACAACAGGCCCAGCGCCAUAGGAGUCGGGGCGUCGCUGGGUGCAGGUCUGCUGGCGUUUGUGUUCGGCGGUCUGUUUCUGCUGGACCUGCCUGUGCUCAUCAGCACCUUCAAACAGGCCCUGCAGUCCUUCUGUGGGGAGCCUCCAUCCAACACAGGGACCGAGUCAGACUGUUAGGAUAUCGAGCCACAGGUUGGCCCCAAGGAAGAACAGAAGGACAGGCAGUCAUGGUGUCAGUCAAAGUCACUGAUGCGAUAUUGCAGCAGAAUCAAGUUCUCCUGAAAAAGAACAACUUACAUACUACAGAAAAACGACAAAACAAAGGAAGAAGCUUCCUGUUAUAAUUAACUUUUUGUGUGGAACAAUACAAUAAUAUUAAUGUUUAUUUUAUGUUAUUUUAGAAUUAAUGUUGAAAACAUUCUUAAA